AUGUGGGCGGCUAGUGACGGCGGAUUGACGAACGAGACCAACGCGACCUCGUCACCGGGCGGCACCGGGGAGGAGGAGGAGGAGAAGGUGCGCGUCAACGUGCCGUACGUCCUGUUCGAGUGCCUCGUAGCGCUGACGGCCAUUUUCGGCAACACGCUCGUUAUCGUGGCGUUCAAGCGCGAGCGCCGGCUCCGGCGGCGGACCAACUUCUACAUCAUUUCGCUCGCCUCGGCCGACCUGCUCGUCGGCACCUUUGGCAUCCCGUUCGCGGUGAUGUCCUCGAUCGGGCUGCCGCGGAAUCUGCACGCCUGUCUGUUCACCAUCUCGCUGCUGGUGGUGCUGUGCACCAUCUCCAUCUUCUGUCUGGUGGCCGUCUCGAUCGACCGGUACUGGGCGAUACUGCACCCGCUGGCGUACUCGCGAAACAUGCGCACCAAAACGACCAUGUAUAUCAUCGGUCUGUGCUGGCUGGCCGGGCUGGUGAUCGGGUUUCUGCCACUGUUCGGCUGGCACGAACAGCCGGACGAGGAUGCCUGUCUGUUUGUGCAGGUGAUGAACUACGACUACCUGGUGUUCCUGUAUCUGGUCACCAUCAUCAUCCCGGGGCUGCUACUGCUGGCCUUCUACAUCCACAUCUACCGUGUGAUCGUUCGCCAGCGCAAACAAAUCGUCUCCAUCAACUCGGUGGACAGCCGAUUCUCCGAGAGCCUGCCCAAUCUCGCGGGCUCGAUGGCUGCUGCUGCUGCUGCUGCUGGUGGUGGUGACGGUGGCCAACGGUCCACACCAUCGAAAAAGGACCAGUACACCGGCACGAUGCUGCGGGUGCUGCGUGCCGCACAGCGGCGCGAAGUGAAGGCCACGCAGAACCUGUCGAUCAUCGUGCUGUUCUUUAUGGUCUGCUGGAUGCCGCUGCACACGAUCAACUGCAUAAUGGCGUUCUGUCCGGACUGCCAGAUCUGCGGCGCCGUGAUGCUGUUCGUCAUCACGCUUUCGCACCUCAACUCGGCGAUCAACCCGCUGCUGUACGCGUACCAUUUGAAGGACUUCCGGGACGCCCUGAGGCGGCUGCUGCUGAGCAUGGUCGGUCUGGAUGCGAGCGCUCCACCGCAGCAGGACUACAUUAACUGCGUAUCGCAGAUCGCAGUACAACAGCAACCGCAGCAGCAGCCCCAACAUGACAACGUACCGCCGUAA